AUGUGGCACGCAUUUGUUUUAGCUAGUGUCGAGUUACUGCCCAAGAACUUUGCCGUUUUGGAUAUUCUGGAAAACUCUUCAGCCGUGGAGGAUGGUCAGAAAGGUGACGUGGAUGAUGAAGAUGGAUCAAGUGAUUCUUCUGAUCAAGAUUCUCAUGAUGUUGUCACAGACGAGGAGGCUUCAGCUGUCACAGAAGAAACUACAGGUGUCUCAAAUCAGGAAACCGCUGCGUCAGACGACUCUCCAACAAUGCCAGUGGAAGUUCCAGCUCUCCCAGAGGAAGUUCCAGCUCUCCCAGAAGAAUCUCCAGCCCCUUCAAAUCGGGUUCCAGAUCACGGAGCCCUAGCAGCUAGAUCAGAGGAGAUCCACAAUGAUUUGGUUUCAAAUGUCACCAACCGAAAUCUAGCGGCACGGAAUCCAACUGGUGUGAAUCAGGUUCCAGCUCUCCCAGAAAUAGUUGCAGCUCUCCCGGAGGAAGUUCCAUCAGCUAGCACAGAUGUCGAUCCCGCUAACACGGACAGAGUGGACCGAGCAGUCCGCAGGCCAACUGUUCGCAGACCAACCGACGUCGAUGCUGAGCUUCUAGAAAUAGCGAUCACCCUGUCUAUCCUUGACAUGAACAAAACCAACCAGAUUAAUAAUUGA